AUGUUCACACCUAUCCAUACCUCCUUGGGCGCCUUGUUGCUAUCCCAAGGCUCCUCAGGCCUGCUCUUCCACAAUGGCGCUGUUUUUGGAAUCUCAUCUCUCAUCUCCGGGUCUGUCUUCAACCCGAACGACGAGAAUGUCCCUAUCAUUGCUGGGCUCGUAUCCAGUAUUCUGCCCGUGUAUCUGCUCGCGCCCUCCCUGAUUCCAAGUUAUUCGCCGGCUCCUCAUUCUCUGGCCUCCGUCGCGGCAACACUAGGGCUAGGCUUUCUGUUGGGGUGGGGAACAAAAAAUGGCCGUGGCUGUACUUCCGGCCACAUGUUGUGCGGUCUCUCCCGUCUCUCUCCGCGCUCGUUCAUUGCCACGGCUCUCUUUUUCACGACGGCCCUGCUCACGGCCAAUUUUGCAUUCGGUGGAUCGAACAUCCCAUCCUGUGGCACUAUCCCAUGCUACACACCCGUGUACCCAUCGUCAUCGGAGCUGGUCUUCAUGGCUGGUUCCGUACUUCUUGCCACCAUCACGAACUUUCUUGUAGUCCCGAAGACCCUCCAUGCAUCUAAGCAGUCUCGAACACUCUUCUCUUAUCUAGCCGGUCUUGAGUUCGGGCUUGGUCUUCUGAUCUCAGGAAUGGCAGAUGCUGGCAAAGUUCUAGGGUUUUUUGCCAUCCUUACGGAUCCUCAUCGAUGGGAUCCGUCGUUAGCCUUGGUUAUUCUCUUCGGCCUUGGCCCCUCGCUUGUUGCGUAUCUGUCUCAAAAGCCAGGCCAGGCGGGAGAGAAGGGCAAGCCAAGCGCAUCACCUACCCUGGCCGACCGGUGGAGAUUGCCUACAGCCACGACCGCCGAUAUCGAUUGGCGGUUUGUGACCGGUGCAAUCGCAUUUGGAGUUGCCUGGGGCUUGCAGGGGAUAUGUCCUGGUCCCGCUCUGCUACGCACAGCUCUUCAGCCGACCUGGGGGAUUUGUACGAUGGCCGGAUAUAUCCUCGGGAACAUCUACUUGUGA